AUGAGCCAGGCGGACGUGUCCACAUGCUCGGCCCCGCAGAGGGUGUUCCAGGAGGCGGUGAAGAAGGGCAACACCAAGGAGCUGCACUCGCUGCUGCAGAACAUGACGAACUGCGAGUUCAACGUCAACUCCUUCGGGCCGGAGGGGCAGACGGCGCUGCACCAGUCCGUCAUCGACGGCAACCUGGAGCUCGUCAAGCUGCUGGUUAAGUUCGGCGCCGACAUCCGGCUCGCCAACCGGGAGGGCUGGAGCGCCUUGCACAUCGCCGCCUUCGGGGGCCACCAGGACAUUGUGCUGUACCUCAUCACCAAGGCCAAGUACUCCUCUGGGGGACGGUGAUGUUAGGCUCCCUGCUGUCAGGUAAAAAAACAAAAAAAGCAACAAAAAUUUGAUCUCAUUUGUGCCAAAACACAACAACAAUUUGGGGAACCAAACGUCACACAUCUUGAAAUAAAACACACUUUUAGGUUUUUGUUGGUACUAAAAGCUUUCCUCUUGAAUGUCUUACACCCCCCCUUACCCGUCCCCAGCCCACCCCCCAAUCAUCCAUCAUUACUCACGUCAAAAGUUAUUUAAGUAACUUAUAUUUAAAGUGAAACAGGGCACUUGAUGCUGGAAUAUUUGAAAGGGAAGACAAAAUAUAACACCUCGUCAUGAUGGUGAAGUACUCCACGCACACACACGCACACACACACGCACACACACACACCAUAGCUUUAUUUCUGUUGCUGUUUGAGAGAUGCUGAACUUGCCAUCCAAGCCUAGUGUGACCGCUUUCAACAAAAACAAAAGAUGGGAAUUGACUUUGUAAACAUUUUCAGUAUUCUGUUAACAUCCUCACUGUGAAAGCAGGCUGGGGUCCGCCCUCCCCCCCAUUUGUUGUAUUUAUGAAGGUACAUUUUAAAGAAAAGAAGAUGGUGUUUCAAGCUGCUUCACUGUCCCUUGUGGAGGUGUCCCCUCUUGUUUGUGCCCCCCACCUCUCCCUCUACAUCCCUCCCAUCAGGAUCGGUUGCCUUUUGCCAGCUACCUCGACUUUUUAAGUAUUCUCAUGUUGUGCUUUUAUGCCAGAUUUUUUUUUGCUCACAAAGAUGCAUUCCUGCCCCCCCCCCCCAAAAAAAACCCUGCAUCCUCAGCUGAGACAGUUUUAUUCCACACACACUACAUCCUCAGCUGAGACAGUUUUAUUCCACACACACUACAACCAAACCAGUUGAGACAAGCUAAGCAUCAGUGUGCCUUUUUUAAUUAUUCUUCUUAUUAUUGCCGAAGUGGGGAAGACAACAACAGCAAAUAUGGCUUCUAAAUGCAGGGAGUUUUGAAUUGCACAAAUAAGUGGAGCCUUGAGCGCCUCUAGUGUUCGUAUGGGGUAACUGCAGGAGCCAAGGCUUUGGAAUAGUUGCUAUAAUACUACUGAUUUAAAAAAAAAAAAAGUAAUAAAAAAAAAAGAAACACUCACACCUGGCUAUUGGAGGAAAAAAAUCCUGCUGCAUUAAAAAAAGUCGUGGCACCCUAACAUUUGUAUCAAUGCUGCUUGUAUUUUGUGUUCCUAAAAAAACACUUCACAGUCAACUGAAGCGAUUUGGAUUGGCAUCAGGCAACACAUGAAAUAUGCAUCGCUUUGUCGUAAACUUGAUGUUUCUAUUAUUAUUAUUAUUAUUAUUUUAGUUGAAAUAUUGCACUGAUGACUGUUGUUGUUUUGGGCUUCUUCUUCUUUUUUUAAUGUGUCAACAUUUAAAAAGAACUUUUUUUCUGGAUAGAAAAAAAAAAUCAAACAGCAAAAAAUACUAUUGUAUGAAUAAGUACACGCUCCAGGUGAUAAAUGUGUGUGUCACUUUGUUGGGGAAGGGAAUUUUUUUUUCUACCCCUGCAAAGUUGUGCGUGUGGUUUGUAUACAUAUACAUACGCUAGCAGUCAAAAGUUUGGAGACACUUUGUCAUUCUAUUCAAUGAGAAAGUGUCUCCAAACUUUUGACUAGUAGUGUUGAUAUCUGUAAAUGUAUAUGUCUGAUGAUGAUGAAACUUGGGGCACUUUCUUUUCUGAAGUGCUGUCUUCCUGUUUUUUUUUUUUAAAAAAGGGGAAUAAUACAUUUGAUGGUAAGAUCAUUGUAAGGUGAUAUUGAAAAACAAGAAAUUGCACGCUUGUGUGGUUGUUUGGCUUCGCAGGGUCAUAACAUUUAUGACGUCACCAGCCGGCCGCCUGAUUGGUGUCCAUGUGUGAAGAAAAAGACUUGUUUUUUGGUUUCCAAUUGUUUUGCUUUAUUUCAAGCAAAAGGAAACGGCUGAUGUGUUUCUUUUUUCCUUUUUUUUUUGUUUGUGUUGGUUUUUUUUGGAUGUUUGUAACACUGUGAUGAUGACGUGACGUCAUGUGGACAUGAGUGCUGUAUUAUUUUUGUACGUUUGUGUACAAGCCAGUAAAGAAAUCAUUAAACUCCAAACUUUCAGUGCCGGUGUCUGAA